CCGACCACCGUCUCCCCAGGAGGUCGGCCGCAUGAAGAUCGAGCUGUUCGCCGACGUCGUGCCCAAAACAGCGGAGAACUUCAGGCAGUUUUGUACGGGUGAAUUCAGGAAAGAUGGUGUCCCUAUAGGUUAUAAAGGCAGCACUUUCCACAGGGUCAUAAAGGAUUUCAUGAUCCAAGGAGGUGACUUUGUAAACGGAGACGGCACUGGAGUAGCCAGCAUAUAUAGGGGUCCUUUUGCGGAUGAAAACUUCAAGCUGAAACACUCUGCUCCUGGGCUGCUCUCGAUGGCAAACAGUGGUCCAAGUACCAAUGGCUGUCAGUUUUUCAUUACGUGCUCCAAAUGUGACUGGUUGGAUGGAAAACAUGUCGUGUUUGGUAAAAUUGUCGAUGGGCUGUUGGUCAUGAGAAAAAUUGAAAAUGUGCCUACGGGUCCAAAUAACAAACCCAAGCUGCCGGUUGUGAUCUCCCAGUGUGGGGAAAUGUAAAGCAGUAAAAGAGGAACGUG